AUGAAAGUUUCAAAAUCAAAAAGUCCAAUCUUUUCAACUUCCCUAAAAUGGGCAACGAUCCCGAUCUUUUUCGCCGUCCUUCUGAGAUAUGCUCCUGGAUAUUUUUAUGGAAACAAAAGAGUUUUGGAAAAACCGAUUGCUUACGAAAUUAUCGACGACUUUCUUUCCGAAAGCGAUGUUCUCGAUCUCCGAGAAUGGGUCUUCAACGAGAGGCGAUUCGCGACUGUCAUUGAUGCUGCUGCAAGAGGUGUCCAGAGUAUCGGAGAGGAUGAACCUAUCAAACCAGAUGGAACCUGCGACGACAUGACAUUUACUGCUUCUCCUUCUUCGCCAACCUGCAAGUUUACUGGUCGCUCGGACAUAGCCCAGCAUUUCGUCAAAACAGGCGGACAUCGAGGAAUGAAAGAAACUCCAGAUAAACUGAUCUCUUCAACCCUUUCUUUCAUCAACUACUACCCGGACAAGGUCAACGACCCUGCAAUCAAGAAGCUCUUUGAAAACAAGGAAUACUUGAAAAAAGUCGGAAACAUCUGCCACGAUGGUUGGGGAACUCGAGGGCCACGAAAAGAAGGAGACUUCAUCUUCCGCCCUACCCAAGUCAACAUCGUUCUCGUCCCUCCCGGGCAAGAUCUGCCUCUUCAUCAAGACAACCAGUGGUACUGGGGAAUCAAUCAACUCAGCCAGCCUGAUUGGCUCCUUCACACAGUUCAAGAAUCCGGGCUCUACAAGGACAAGAUGAUUCCACAAGCUCAAGGCGUCGCAUAUCUUCACGGGACAAAAGAAAAGCCCUACUAUGAAAACGGCGGCGAAUACGUCUUCUUCCCUUAUGGACCCGGGGCCGACGCGAUGGAGCUCAAACCAAAACGAGGUCAGGCGAUUCUCAUGGAUGGCGGGCGAAUGAUUCAUGGCGUCGCUAGAACAGCGCCAGGAUACCAAGUGGCGGCGAUUGAUAAGGACGUUUUCAAUCGAAUUGAGUACCAAGGAAACGAAACCUGGUACCUUCUUUCUGACGAUGAGCUCAUUGAUGUCUUCAAAACUUCCGAUCUCCGAAUGACUUUUGUUUGGCGAGGACUGUGCUUCCACGAUGAAGCGGAAAAGGCGAAAUUCGAACAGCAUUUGAAAGAUGAGGAUUACGUUCCACAGUACACUCUCCUCAAACAACUAGAAGAGCACAUGCACGAAACGGGUCGACUUCCAAAGUCCAAAAAUCUCGAGAACAUGCCACGAAAAGAGUUCGCCCAGUACUUGUUCAGCAAAUACCUCCAGUAUCCAUUGGAUACGAUGAAUACGGCCUGGUUCCCGAUCAACUACUGCGCAGCGUCUCUCGGCAAGCCCUGGCUGAAGGCCCUCUUAUCGCCAUUCUGUGUUGACAGAAAAGAACGCAUAGAUUUGAGCGAUCAGUAUCCGCCGGCGAAAGAGUUCUGCGCAGAGGGCAGAGGUGAAAGAUACCAAACAAAUUGCAACAAAAUGUAA